AAAAAUUCCUCUACUGAUUACGUUUCGGGAGCCAUGAUUGUGACGAGGAGGAGGAGGAGAGUUUCGGUGGGAGAUUUUGGGAGGGAGAUUCUGUGGAAAUCCGAGGGAGUUCUGUAGCUGGGAUUCAUCUGCUUCUUGGUCUGGCUGGUCUCCCUCCUCCUGCUGCUGCUGCUGCUGCUGCUGCUGGAGGAUUGAUGCGCUGUGGCUGCGCUGUAUGCUCGAUGGCGAGCAGGAGUGUUGGAUCUGGAUUUCUCGGCGAAGGGUGGGUGGAUCUAUUUGGCUUUAGCGGUCUUGUUUAUGGCGGUUCAUUAUUUGAGAGACGAUUGAAUGUCGGAUGAAUCGGGCGUGAACAUGUCUGUGAGUGGCGUGUCGUUGCCGCUGGCGGCAGAGGCAGCAGCAGCGCCGCCAGCCGCUUCUGAAUCUUUAGGUCCGGCUUUGGCUGUGUCUGUACUGACGAGCCCCAUGGCUCCGUUGGUGUCUAAAGUGGACGAUGGGGUCUACUCGAUCGGGCCUCUGAAACUGUUGAUCUUGUGGAGUGUACCUGCGGUGACACUCUAUUUUCUCAUGAUCCGCUUUGAUUCUUCUUGCUCUUCCUCAACUGAUGCAGAUGGCGAAACCCAAGAAGGGUGUGGGUGCAAUGUGAAUAUUUUCUGCACGACCCUGCAGACGAUCCCUCUCUUGGUCGAUGGAACUUCUUCCAGCAUGAAUAACUCUUCUUCCUUUGGCAAAUCAUGUCAGCAGAUAAUUGGCAUGAGUGGCCGCCCUGAAAUGAGCAAGUCCUGUCUGCAAGAGUCCCUCGUAUGUGCCGCUUGUGUGCAGCACCAUGCAACAUUUUUAGAUAACGAAGACCGGCUCAUAAGAUCAAUCUUCCUGUAUCCAAUCAAGGGAGGUGGAGCUGGUCAUGGCCACAAGAGAGCAAUGUUUGCAUUCGAAGGUGGUGCUGUCCAUUUCGUCCAUUGGCAGGUUCAUUUUCCUGGCUCAGUCGGAGCAGCAGCAGCUUCUUCUGGCACGAGCAGCAGCAGGAGGAGGAGCAAGCUGCUCGGAAAUGGUCAGGUUGAGGGUGAAGAUCUAGAGCAGGAGGAAGAAGAAGAAGAAGAAUCCUUCGUGUGCCUCGGUCUUGACGCCGAGGUGAGCGGAGUGACAAAUUUGUCAGCCUAUUUUGAGAUGUACCACAGAGACUCUUGGCCUGUUGUAGCAAGCAACGACCAUCUUCGUCGCCUUCAUGUUCCUGUCCCUCGCCCUCUUGCUGACGAACCUAUCACAAUACUACAAUCAGUGCCCACGGCCUCCAGAUAUUCGUCAACGGGGGCUCGUGCAUUGCUAGGAACAAGCAAAAAGGCUCGAGAGUGGGUCAACAUGCCAAAAUCCCUGCUGGCGUUUCUCACCUGGCACGAGAGAGGCUCCCAGUACAGCGAGUCCCAUGCAAUCAUGCGAGCCUCCGAGGACCACGCUGAUCCUUCACCCGGUGCUGGCGUUGGAGCUGCACUUCCUCACUACGCAAGGGCCCGUCAGCUGAUGCAGGACUAUAACGAUGCCCCGCUGCUGUACGACAUUCCGCCCUCGCCGCCCCCGCCGCCUCCGUACCCUCCCGCGCCUCCGCCAGAUCAGCUCUUGGGCGAUCCCUACUUGCCCGCCCCUCCCUUCUCUGAGGUCAGCAGCAAUGCCACGUCGGAAGCCAGCCUGACGCCGGUGAUUAUCGGCCCUACCUUGAUCAGCGUCAUGAACGUCUCGGUGUAUCUGACGGGCAUCCUCAUCGACGACUUCACCAUCCAGCCCCCUCCAAACCUCGACCCGUCCAAUGCUUCAGAGUACCAGGUGGUGCUGCAAGUGGAUGCGGGGUCGCUGAUGGUGCUGCUGGACAACGACCUGCUGCCGUCGGUCAUGCACCAGGUGGCCGUGGGCAACUUCUGGAUCGGGAUCUCGGAAGACAUCUGGGACUCCGGCGACGACGCGUACGUGCCCGGAGCCGGCAUUCAGUGGCAGUGCACCAUCGACCGGUGCAACAAGGCCUUGACCUCUCUGUCCUACGGCAAGGGUCUCGGUACCGGAAGGAAGAGCAAGACAGUUCUGACGAUUCUCGUGUACCCGAUGGAGAAGAAAGAGCCCGUUGCGCUCGCCAAGGCCAUGAAGACUGUGACCAUGGAGAUCGCCGGCGCAGGAGCCUGGUUCACCAUCUUUCAGUACACGAAGAUCUUCUACAGCAGCUCGUUGGGAGUUCUGGGCAUGGGACUGUCGUUCGUGAUCAUCCUUUGCUGCGUCCUCGGAUGCUGCGUGUGCUGGCAGAACCACAAAGAGAAGACGUUCAGCAAGAUGCAAGUUAUUGCAAAAGUCGAAGCUGCAACUUACGAUGAGACCAGGGUUUUCAAUCCCUUUUGGAUUCCAAGUGCUGCUGUGAAGGCGGGUGAUGAAAAGUUUUCCAUUACUCCAAAUCCUAGGUUCCUUCAGCAGCUUCAAUCUGAACACUUGACGAGGUUACAAUCGAUUGGCGCCGAUACAACAUUAGAAACGAUGCAGUUCCUUGCAGCAGCAGCAGCUGCCGCAGCUUCUUCCACUGACAUAAAUUUAACGACAAGAGGAGGCGGGGAAGGAGAAAAAGAUGGACGUAAGGACUCAAAAACAGCAACGGAGACAACUGUGACACGAUCGAGUUUCGGUUCUCCUCGAUCAUCAGCCUCCGCCUCCAGCAGAACCAGUCACACCAGUCGCACCAGUGGACUCUCUCGAACCAGCACUUCGAGGUCUACCCGUUUCUCUGUCAAAGAUGAAGACUCCAGAUCUGGAUCCCCGGCUGACACGGACGAGUCUGCCAGCGGUACUCCUGCUGAAUCUGAAGACUCCGAGUGACUGACCAUGACAUCUACCAGCUCCGAGUACGACGUGGGGCAAUCACAUCAUGACCAGGCCGCCAUGCCUGACUCGUCUGAUCUGCCUCAGCAGACCUCUCGCCAAUGUGAAGCAUGGGACUUUGUCCAUCAGAUCGAGCCGUCAUCGUAGCCAGGUCGAUCGAGCUCGAAGAUCUGGAAGUCGGAAGUGAUAUUAUGGAGGCUUCAAAAUGCAACUGUAAUGAAACUGUUGUGAUCAUGCGGAGUGGAGUGGAGUGGAGUUGAUUGUAUUGGAUGUCUCACCUUUGACCGCACUCACAGACAUAAUAAGACGACGAUGGGAGAAAUAGUGGAACUUUAGACAAUUUGAAAGUCUCUGAAUUUAAUUCUGCAUGAAAUAUUAUACAGGGCCCUGUCACGUGUGUCUAUAAUGGGAGGGAUAUGGUCUCUUGUUGCUUGCAUUCAGUCAGAGACUUUGGUCACCAUUCACCAUUUCGAUUAUUUAUAUGAUUUCAAACAAG